AAAGUCCCCUGUCAAAUUAGUUAACCACCAAAACAACGUCAUGAAAAUCGUGUUUAUAGUGUCAGUGCGUUUUGCAAGCAGUUUAACUCUCAGUUGGAACCCUUUAAAACAGUCUGGUUGCUUUAAAAAUUCGCUUAGUUAAUGAAGGUUUGGUCAACCUCAAUCUACUUUGCAACGAGGCCAAAAUUUCCUUCAGUCUGACCGCGCUGUAUUGCUCCAGUCUCCAACAUUUCCAUGUUUUGCAUUGUAUAAACUGCUGUUUGUGGAUUUUCCUGAAUAAAGUUACAAAGGCCCAAUUCUGCUUUAUCAGCUCAGGUGGCAUUAAAGUUUUUUGCAGUAGGUAAAUUGCAAAAAGCCACUCCACUUGUACAUUUAAGUUUCUUGCAAAUCUGUGCCAUAAACAUUUGUAAAGACAUGGCACAGUGGGUAGGAAAAAUGGUGUCAAUAAAAUGCACUGACGAUUUGGGAAUCUAUCAGGGUGAGAUCUCAGAUGCCACCUCUACUAAAAUCACCCUCCAAAAGGCAUUUUGCGAUGGGUUCCCUUGUGCAGAUGGACCUGUGCAGAUCAGGGCUGUCGAUAUAGUGGAUAUUAAGUUUAUUGAAAAGCCUGCCAAAGAUGAGCAGGAAAACAGCAUAGUUACUAUAGCUAAGCCAGUUCCAAAGCGGGCAGGCCGGUCCCAUAGCACAUCAGAAGCGUCGGGUUCAAAACAGUCUCAAAAUGGGGUUCCUAGUAGGAGCAAGCCCAUUGAGAUUGAGCCUAAUAAGAAGUCUGAGGAUAGUUUGAACUUUAGCUAUAACAAGAACACGCCCAUCAGAAAAGGAGUCAAAGGUGGAAAACAAUGGGUCAAGGGGUCGAAAGACGAGGAGUGCUUUGGAGCGCCUUUGGAUCAUAAAAUUAAGGGGGAGUUUGAUUUUGAGAAGAAUUUGGCCUUAUUUGAUAAACAGGCCAUUUGGGAGAAGCUCAACUCGAGCAGACCGGAUGCGGUGCGAAAUGUGGAAAAUCGGAAAAAUUAUAGACAUGAUGAGAAUGUGUUGCCCAAUCAUCCAACAUCAAUUCGUCAAAUCAUCGUGCCAUUAGCUGAAAUUCAAGAAUAUGUGACUGAUGAUGGACUGAUCAUUCCAUGCAUUUCAAGAAAUCUCCGCAGAAAACUGUUUGACUUUGCGGAAAAGGCAGGAUUAACUUGGGACAAGAGGGUAGAGUUAUUUGGGACCGCUGCAGCCGAAAUUGCCAUUCAACUACUUGGAGGAGGCCAUCGAUUAAAUCCCAACAACAAGCACCAGAUACCGACUGUCGUUGUUCUAUGCGGACCACAUAAGCAGGGAGCAGCUGGCAUAAACGCAGCCCGCCAAUUGGCAUCGCAUGGUGUUCGCACCAUAGUUUUCUGUCCGUUUUUAGAGGCUGUGGCCAUCAAGAAGGAACUGUCUCUUUAUAUGUUAACUAGGAAUCGCACAAUUUCUAGUGUUCCUGAAUUGCCGGCUACCACUGACUUGAUUAUCUGUGCGUUGAGUGAUGACUCGGACUCGCCGAAGAGCAAUUCACUUUUAGUCGAGUGGGCCGAUAAGAACACCGCCCCCGUGUUGGUGUUAGAUCCCCCACCUUCAGGCACGCCGGGUUUAUCGGCCAAGAUUUCCUUAGUCCCUGUAUUGCCCCUUAGCUAUUCCUCCGACAAUGGGAAGUUGUAUUUGGCCAAUUUGGGUUUCCCUGUGGAUAUUUUCAAGGAAGCAGGCAUUAAAUACCGAAGCCCGUUCGGCGCGAAGAAUACCAUUCCCCUUCAUCCCAGCGAGUGAGGACUGAUCGACAUCUUCUGCUUCCAGACAGCUGAAAUUGUGGAACAUUGUGACGAAGAAAGUGGCAGUUUGUCGGAAAAUCCGUCUUGAAGAGUUAACACAAGAGAACUAACUGGAAGCUUCCAGUGAUCGAACGUGAAAUGAUUCAAUAAGUGCUGUGAUAAUUAAGAAAAUCUCGCUAAAUACCUUAACCGACCAUCUAUUGAGUUCCUUUGCUUUUACAAGCGCAAAUUUUGUAUUGUUUUGAGCUUGUUUUACGUAUAAUUUAUGUAUGUUCAUUUGUAAUUUAAUCCAUUUUUCAGUUCAAUUAAGAAAGCAAUGCCAAAAUGUGUGUAAAUACUAAGAUCUCCAAGCAUUUUGCGGAUUCAUCGGACUUUUACUAUUGGGAUGUUUCGACAAUGCAUUUUAUAGUAAAACUUCUACUUUUACUUUGUACACUUUUGUAUUCCACAAUAAAGUUGUCGGCAACCUUUA